AUGUCUCCACGAAUGCCAUACCAGUGCAUGGUACAACGUGGAAAUCUCCUCAUUGCAGCCAGAGGUUCUAGCAUCGACUCAUUCCGAGACGGCUCACUUCUCUCGACAUGGAAAUGCCCUUCUAUACAAGCGGCGGGAAGUACCAGGCCUUCUCUAGAAGUCACAACGGAAUUGGUCACCCAACACUACGAGACAUCCUCCGUGGAAAUCUACACUGAUUCUGCUCCGCCAGCAAAGAAGAGGAAAUUAUCAACAUCAGGGCCAGUUGAGGCAAAUUCAGUCACAAAAGAGGGGAAGAAAAAGCAAAACAGUAGAUCUGAUGCAGUUCAAAGUGGCCUCGAAGCUCCAGCUGUCAUUGCGUUGGCCAUCACGAAGGAUGGACGUCACGUGAUUGCGGUCACUGGUGAGGAUAAAAGUAUCCGGGUAUUCGAAAACGUUCAGGAAGAUGGAGUACAUAGGUUGAAGCAGUUGAGCCAAAGAGCCAUGCCGAAGCGCCCAUGUGCUCUUGCGGUCACAAAUGACAGUUCUACCAUAAUCACUGCAGACAAGUUUGGAGACGUCUAUUCUCUCCCCUUGAUCCUACUGGAAAUCUCUGGAACACCAAAAUCAGCCACCCAUACUCCCGAGCCAGCAGCGAAGAGUUUCACACCAGCUGCAAACGAACUCACUAUUCAUUCCCAGAGAAAUCGCAAAGCACUGGAAAACCAAAGACGGCAGACCAAUAAAACCGCCGAGAAGUCCGAACCCGUCUUUGAGCAUAAACUCUUACUUGGCCAUGUCUCUAUGUUGACGGAUAUUGCUCUGGUUGCAUUGGGGGUUCGAAAUUAUAUCAUCACCGCUGACAGAGAUGAACAUAUCCGCAUCUCUCGAGGAAUUCCACAAACGCAUGUUAUCGAAGGGUUUUGCCUUGGCCACUCCGAAUUCGUUAGUCGAAUCUGUGUUCCACCGGAUCGACCACACCUCUUGGUAUCUGGUGGAGGUGACGAUGAAUUGUUCGUGUGGGAGUGGGAGUGUGGAAACUUGGUCUCCAAAGCGGAUCUGAAGGGGUAUGUGUCUGCUGUCAUGCAAGAAUUCGACAGAACAGAAGAGAGUGAUAUUCCAGUCGAGUCGUCAAAGAUUGCUGUGUCGGGUAUCUAUUGCACCCAGCAAGCUUUGAAUGAUAGCUUUCAAACUAUCGUCGUAGUUACUUGCGAAAGCAUUCCUGCCGCCUUUGCCUUCGUGCUGACGGCUGAAAACCGGCUGGAGUACUUGCAAACGCUCAAAUUGCCAGGCAAUGCACUCGCUAUUGUGUUUGGCACCUCACUAAAAGAGGGCGAAUUUGACGUCUCAAAUCGUCUAGUUGUAUCCAUCGACACCACUCACAAACUUGGAUCGAGAACGGAGGAAAGAGAGGAUGCAAGUCAAAAUCUGAAUCCCUUGCAGUCAUAUAUUUUCCAAAAUGGAAAGAUUGUUCAGGACGGAACGUUUCAGCUAGCUAUUGCAAAACAAGAUGAGGGCGAAGCGAAUGGAAGUGGUGCCUCAGGACGACUCACCAAUCUACUGUACAGUCUUGAGAAUUUGCGAAAGAGGGAGGGAGAUAUGCGGGAAGAAUAA